CGCGAGAGCAUGAGUAGACGAGAGGGUCCCCGCGCACGCGCUAUUAUUGUUUUGACUGAAAAUGCCGUCGGUUUCGAAAACGGCGGCGAGCGCUUCUCCUCAAACCGAGAAACCAACCCACUAUACAUAUUUGAAGGAGUUCAGGACCGAGCAGUGCCCACUGUUUUUGCAGCACAAAUGCACACAGCAUAGACCCUUUACGUGUUUCCACUGGCAUUUUCUAAAUCAGCGAAGACGGAGACCCAUACGAAGAAGAGACGGGACUUUUAAUUACAGCCCAGAUGUAUAUUGCACGAAGUAUGAUGAAACAACAGGAAUAUGUCCCGAUGGAGACGAUUGCCCUUAUUUACACCGGACCACCGGUGACACAGAGCGCAAGUACCAUUUACGCUACUACAAGACCGGCACCUGCAUCCAUGAGACGGAUGCACGUGGGCAUUGUGUGAAGAACGGCCUCCACUGCGCCUUCGCUCAUGGACCACACGACCUACGGCCACCAGUUUAUGACAUCAGAGAAAUCCAGGCACAGGAAGCUCUGCAGAACGGCCAGUUGGGAUCUGGAGAGGGAAUUCCUGACCUGCAGCCGGGUGUGCUGGCCAGCCAGGCCAUGAUUGAGAAGACCUUGAAUGAGGACCCACGCUGGCAAGACACCAAUUUUGUUUUGGCCAAUUAUAAAACUGAGCAGUGCACCAAGCCUCCACGUCUAUGCAGGCAGGGCUAUGCCUGUCCCCACUAUCACAACAGCAGAGAUAGGAGAAGAAAUCCCAGAAAGUUCAAAUACAGAUCGACGCCCUGCCCGAGUGUAAAGCAUGGCGAUGAAUGGGGCGAACCCUCCAAGUGUGAGAGCGGUGACAGCUGUCAGUAUUGCCACUCUCGUACCGAACAGCAGUUCCACCCAGAGAUCUACAAAUCUACUAAAUGCAAUGACAUGAGGCAAACUGGAUACUGUCCAAGGGGUCCAUUCUGUGCUUUUGCACAUGUGGAAAGAAUUCCUUCCACAGAGGAGACCAUGAGCACGUUGCUCACAGCAAUGCAGUCGGGUUCUCAGUCCAAGCUGGGCUCGCCACAAUACCCAGAGUGUCCAGUCAGCGAGUGGAGCGGCAACACGAAUUCCAUCACCAGCAGCGCCAGUAACAACGGCCAGACGGGAAACGUAUCAUGCUCUAAUAGUCCAACUGUAACACCAGGCUCAGGGAGCAACAGUUCUUUGUCCCCAAUUGGACCCAUCAGCAGGCCAAAAUGCUUUACUAAUGGUAGCUUUUGUUCAGAGUCCACCACGUCCAGUGUUUCCUCUCCGACGUCUAACUAUCCCAAAGCUCCGGGUUUUGAACGGGAGGAUCAGGCAAAGAACCAGAAGAGCCAGUCUGGGGAAAAUAAUCAAAAGUUAAUGGACCAAGACAAACAGGCUCAUGGCAGUGUGUUCUCAGUGGUGAACCCGCUAGCAUCCAGCAUAACAUCGAGCAUCACGUCCAGCUUGGCCUCCAGUAUCGGAUCUGACAGUUCGUCACCCACCACUUUAUCAACCAUGAAUGCAAAAGCCACGCCUUUCUAUCCAGGCAGCAAUACCGUAGAGUCAGUAAUAGGAUCUGCACUUGACCUGAAUUUUAGUGACAUCAAUGUUGCCUCCCUCGACAAAGAGCUAGAAGACCAAGACAACAAUGGCCUUGGUUUAACAAGUCAGAGGUUAUUAGGAGGCUCUGCUCCUGUCAAUAUUCCUGGCUCUCUGGCUCGGUCUUCCUCUCUGCAUUCCUCGUCAUCUCUAUCUGCCUCCCCGCUCAGCUCUCUGUCUCAAUCCCUGUCCCAGUCUCUCCUCACUGGAAUGGCCUCCCAGCAGAGCCAGCCACAGGCACCACCCGUUAAAACCGAGCACGGCCUUCUAGGAACACCUACGUCUACGCAGAACUCCUUAGGUCUAAAUGGCGGAGCAGGGGGAAUAUGGGACUUUAUGAGUGGCAGCUUCUCUCCCAGCCCGUCUCCAGUGUUCAGCAGCCUUACUUCCAGCACCGUCGGCUCCAGCAGUGCAGACAUUGGCCGGCUCCUCCGAGAACUGGAUGAAGCCAAGCGCAAGAUAAAGCAAUGGGAGGAGGCUUGGCACCAAGUCAAACAGGCCUGUGAAGCGUGGCAGAAAGAUGCUCACGAAGCAAAGGAGCAAGCUAAAUCGGCAGAGGCGGAGCGGCAGCUGGCGGAGCAGAAGCGGGAGGACACCGAGCGCAAGCUGAAGGAACUGCAGGGAGACUUUGACGUUUUGUGUCGCUCCCCCAACACGCCCCUCCUGCGCAGCUACGGCGAGCUGGACCAGCUCCCCCUGCCAAAGCUCCGCUCCAUCCAGAGCCAGCUGCGCUCUGACCUAGACCUCAUAGACGGGGUAAUAUAUCAGCUUCAGUCAAAGAAAUGUAUAGUUUGCCAAAAGCAUGAUCGUUCCAUUGUCCUGCAGCCUUGCCAACAUUAUGUACUUUGUCAGAACUGUGCGUCUGGUAAAAUGGAAUGUCCUUACUGUAAGACGAAAAUAUUGAAGUGGUGAUGUACAGCUAUCCAAGGUACUAUUUAAUGAUUUAGCCCUUUGAAGAACUACUAAUACAUAUUAUUAUUAUUAUUAUUAUUAUUAUUAUUAUAAUUAUUAUUAUUAUGCUUACAGUUUCUAAAUAGCAUUUUUUGUGUUUCAGUAUUUCAUAUAGUGAUUCAAUUGAUUAGUUUUAUUAGAAUCUAAUAAGUGGUGUUUGACUGAUACAAAUCAAGUACUUAAAUGCAAUACCUGUUUUGUACAAGCUAGAUUAUCCAUUUUCAUAAAGCAUUAAACUAUUUCCCCUUGGUUCUUGCUUUUGGCAUUUAUAGUCGGUUGGCCCUGAUUUGACUGUUAGCCACAAAAUCAUCGGCCCGACGCCAUUAUUGCUACUAGCUGUGUGAAGAGGAUUCAUUUCUUGUUAAAAGCACUUUGUUGACUUGGAAAUUUGUCUGAGGGUAUUUUUGUUUUCUUUUAGAAUUUUUGCUUUAAGCUGCUUUGUAGUUUUUUUGUUAUUUUUUUUAUUUUCGUAGAAUUAUAUUUUUUCCCAAAUACGCUAAAGUAUGAAGCUUUUGUGUGUACUGUGAAACAUAAUAGAAUAUUUCAUUUUUCUUACUGUUAAAUCAUGGUAUAGUGUAUAUAUCUUGUUAGGUUUCAUAUAAAAUAGUACUAAAUAGUAGUUAUUAUUACUUUCAUUGUUACUUAAAUUUUUCAAUCAAAUAAGUGCAAACUUUGAAUGCAUUUUAGGCAUAACCAGCAGCUGUAAUAUCAGUAAGGCACAUACUGUAUGCUAAGGCAUUUAGUAAAUCGAUUUCUCCGUCUUAUAGUGACUAUUUAGAUAUACAUGAUGUAGUCGUUAGAUGAGCACAUGUGUCUGUGCGACACAGUUUUUUUUUUUUUUUGGAUUUUAGCCUUUCAGAUAUGUCAGAACAUAUAUCUGAUUCCUGGCCACUCCCUUCUUAAGUGCCUUGCCUUAAAAAACAUUUGAAGCAUCUGUGAAGAGUUUAGGAUUGUAGUAGAAAACCCAUAGCUUGUGCAAAGUUUGUAUUUUUCCAGUAGUACCGUAUUAUCGGAGCAUUUAGCGGCCCAAUUGAGUACUAGUAAAGUAUUUCCGAGAGACUUGGACCCCGGUCGGUGCCUGAGCUCUGAGGUUCAGCUAAAGAAUCGAUCCUUUUCCUUCAUUAACGAUGGUGCUUUUUGGGUGCAGCUUCAUUAUCCUUAGAAACGUUGAAUCAUCCUUAAUUUAAACGUGUAGGGAUAUUCAAAUCAGGAAAUGUGUGUUUCUUUGAUUGCAAAAACUAAACUGGCUUAGUACAUUUCUGUUUAUUGAAAUGUGUAGACUUGUAGUGCUCUGUAGUGUUUACAGACAGAAAUCAUCGGUGUUUUCGUAUCCAAAUUCGACAGUGUAAUGUGCUUAGGUAAUCUAAUUGAAAUGACCUGCUACUGUGUUAUCUGAAACUUUUUCUUUUAUUCUCUCGUUCCUUUCAUAUUUACAGCAAUGAGUUCGUGCGGUAAAUUGUCAGGUACACAAAGGUGCAAGUUCUUUUUCUUUGGAGAAAAAAAAAAACAAAAAAAAACGGGAUUAACAGUUUACUUCAAAAGGGAUGGUUAUCGAAUUGUCCUCGUAUUUUCUUUCAGCUUCACGAGGCGAAGACAGCGUGUGUAUAUAUAAAUAUAUGAUUUCUCUCGGCUUUCGUUCUAGCGUUCGUAUCUUAAUCCACAAGGUCUGUAUGUAGCUCACUGCAUGUGUCAGUGUGUAACUUUUGUUAACCAGCUGAAGCUCUAAAUCACACUGCCAAAUGUGUUCGUGUUGAGCAGGCGUAUCCAGUUGUUGGUCGAGUAUUCAAAAGAUAUUUUCGUGUGCAAUGCUCCAAACGCAUUGACUUUGUGCUUAUCUUUUCUAGUCCGAGUGUUCUUUUCCGUACGAUAGGUUGAAACGGAUCAAAGCGGCUCGGGGUAUUGCGGUGUUUCCGACACUCAAGUGUUCAAGAGCUUUGCGGACGUGUCACUUUGUUGAGGGAUUAGCUCCAUUGUUUGGUUAUUGGACCAUAGGGUUUUGUUGGGAUUUCACACCACAUUUCUUUCUCACGCGAAGAGUGCGGUCAAAUCAAAUGCGGACUUUACUCAAAUGAACCAAAGUGGUAUUGUAGUUUCUACUUGUUUCAAAGUUCAAUUGAAGUGGUGUACAAUUACUAUGUCAGUUUUUCAAUGUUUAAUUUGACAGGACAACUAUGCCAACUGCUUUUGCUGACAAUAUUAAUGGACUGAAUGCCCAUUUUUGUAGUUUCUACCAAAGACCUUUACUAUUCUUUGUUCUCUUCGAUUUUAUAACUGCGUUUUCAUUUUAACAUUCUGAGGAAAUAGUUAGGAUAUGACCAAAUCUAGUACCUUAUUUACAUACGUGCAUUCAAAAAAUCCUAAUGAAUCACAGAUCUUUAUGAAGAAGAUUGUGUUUUGUUUCUUCAAUUUCUCAGUGAAAACGAUAACAUAGUAUUGAAUUGGCUGUAAGCUACAGUGAAGGAAUGUCAUAGUAAUGAAUGAAUAUUUGUGUUAAUAUUCUUAAGUGGCCAUAUGGAUUAGUGCUUAUUUGAAGUAUAUAUUAUUUCUUUUUAUACUACUAGUACUUAUCGUAAAAUCAGUUUUGAAACAUUAGUUGUUGUGCACUACUUGUAUGCUGUCAGGAAUUUAAAAGAGUACUCGGCCCGUACGGUGCUUUCUUUAGUUUCCAUUUGACUGGUGUUUGUUUUUCUGUGUUUUAGUUGGGAUUCAGAAUUUGGAUAUGAAAUGAGAAAUCUUCUAACUUAUUUUUUAUUUUAACCUUGAAGUCUAUUAAUGUAUUGUCAAAUGUUGUCUACGAUGGCUGUGUAGAACAUAUUUGAUUGUGAUGUAAAAUGGGUCCCUUGUUCAUGCUCGUUGAAAUGGCUGAGACAGACAGUGGGUUACAACUACAUUGUCCUAGCCUUAAACCUCACUUUUUGGCCUAGUUAUGCUUGCCUGUCAUUGUAAUAAGUAAAAAAUGUUUAAAAAAAAAAAGAAAAGAAAAGAAAAGAAAAACAUAGGCCUGCACUUAAAUGUCUCGUAAGGAUCAAGUCUCUUUGGAACAAAUUUGUGCCUUUAAUAAAAACACAUUGAAAGUAUUUUUUGAUUGAACAAAUGAAGAAUUCCAGCUUAGGAAAUUUAGUGCCUUGGGAUAUUUUAAUCUGUAUUUCUCAAUGCACGAGAGUCCCGUGUAUUAAAGUAAUACCUAACUACUCUGCCUUUUAAACAUUUCAGUUUGAGUAAUUCUGAUUAAAAAAAAAAAAAAACAUUUAAUACUGUUGAAAAG